AAAUUGCACAUACUGGCAACCCUGCAAAUCAAUAGGCAGACGCACCGCAGACGAUCCUUGGAUAGUCCAUUUCAGUUCCCACGCUGAAAGAAAGCAUACGUCAUUGUUUCAGCUCUGAUCAAUUUUUAUAAACAAAAAUGAAACCCCUUAUGCUUCACGGUCACGAGCGUUCCAUUACGCAAAUCAAGUACAACCGGGAUGGUGAUCUGCUCUUCUCUUCUGCCAAGGAUAAUCACCCUUGUGUGUGGUAUUCCAUCAAUGGAGAACGUUUGGGUACCUAUGAAGGCCAUCAGGGUGUAGUAUGGGCAAUUGAUGUCGAUUGGGAAACUAAGAGAUUCAUGUCUGGAGCUGGUGACAACAUGUUAAUGAUCUGGGAUGUCCAGACAGGCAAAGCUUUGGGUAAAAUCGAAGCCAAAACAUCAGUCCGUACAUGUAACUUCAGUUACAGUGGAAAUAUGGCCCUCUACUCAACUGACAGCACAAUGGGCAACCCUUCUGAAAUCUUUAUCAUUGACGUCAGGACAGUUGAUUCUUCAUUCAGCACGAAUGACCCAAUUCUUCAGAUUCCAUUAACCAAUGCUCCAAAAGCCACCUCCAUGGUCUGGGGCAAUCUUGAUGAGGUUGUUAUUUCUGGUCACGACAAUGGUGAUUUGGCACAAUGGGACCUUAGAACUGGAAAGAAGAUCAAUCUUGUGUCAGAACACGCCAAGUCGAUCAAUGACAUGCAGCUUUCUAAAGAUGGGGGCUUCCUCAUUACUGCGUCGAAGGAUUGCACUGCAAAACUCUUUGACGCUGAUACGUUAGAGUGUCUCAAAACAUACAAAACUGAACGGCCGGUGAACAGUGCUGCAAUUUCCCCAAUCUUGGAUCACGUGGUGCUCGGAGGUGGUCAAGAUGCCAUGGACGUCACAACGACGUCCACUCGUAUCGGCAAGUUCGAUGCCCGUUUCUUCCAUCUGGUAUUCGAAGAGGAAUUUGGUCGCGUCAAGGGCCAUUUCGGUCCCAUCAACUCGUUGGCUUUCCAUCCGGACGGCAAGACGUACGCAAGUGGCGGUGAAGAUGGUUACGUCCGUUUGAACCAAUUCGACCCCAACUAUUUCGACUUUAAAUUCGAUUACUAAUUGGAGAAAGUAAAAA